GCGCGGGGAGAGGGCCCGGAGGCCGCGUCGGGGCUGCCCUGACCGCGGGUCUCCGGGCGGGCGCCUCCCGUCGUCGGUUCUCUCGGUGGUUCGGCCAAGCUUUGAAAAGAGCUCAUCGGAAAAAGUCUCGUACUCCGUCGCUCGGGGUGAAACUUCGUGCGGAGCGGCGGGGGGCGACCGAGCUGGGCCGGGAGCGGUGUGCGGCAUGGAGCUGGCCGUCAGGGAGCGGCUCUUCGCGGCCGAGAGAUGCCGAGAUGUUCAGGCUUUGAAGAAUGCUUAUGAGUUGAUCAAAUCAGCCAGUCAAGGAAAAUUUGCACUUGACUCAUCUGAUAACUUCAGCACUGACUUAUAUGUUUUAUGUGCUGAACAAGCAUUUCAGCUCGGGUGUCUGGAAAUGAGCAGUGACUGUCUACAGAUGUAUUUUAAACGAAAAUUUCCUGUGAACCAAUUUCUUGGCAGAGCAUAUUUGUGCCAAGGCCAGUUGCACACUCCACUGUCUACAGAUAAUUUGGAAGAGUUUGAAAAGUUUGUGCAGUUUUUUAUGAAGGCAAUAGAUUUUGCCACCCAUGAUCAAAGAUAUUAUUUUUUGGUAUAUAACACCUCAGUUCUUUAUUGGAAACUUGUGAGGCCAUAUCUUAAGCCUGGAUUCCGCCAUUGCCUUAUUCCCAGCCUUUCUCGGAUUGUUAAAGUGUUAAACCAAACUGAAGAGCAAGACCACGAAUGGAGAGCAGAACUCAUGAUAAAUUUACUCGAGUGCUUCCUUGAUGCUUCAAAACUGAAAGAGGCAAAAGAGUUUUCCUCUACUGCAGCAAUCUUUAUCAAGGAAAAUGUUCCAGAUAAAUACUCUCAAAUAUUUUCUCUAAUGGUAUAUCACAAACUAAUGGAUAUUUCCCAGGUAGAGAAGGAAAUACAAAAUUCCGUCUGUUUUUCAAUUAUUUAUAAAAUGCAGAUGUUAAAGUUGCAGUGGGACACAAACAAAUUUCCAAGAGAUGCCACCGCAAAUCUGAAUUCUUUAUAUGUGCUUUUGAAACAAUACAAUGUACCUCCAGCAUCUGUUCUCAGUAUGAAGAUUCCUUUGAUUCUGGAAUUAGCUCAUUUUUCUUUGAAAGCAAACUACAUUAAGCUUGCAUAUGAUUGUAUACUUGAUUUGAAGAGAGCUGGGAUUACUGAGCAAGGGAAACUUAUUGAAAUAGAAUGCCUGGAAUGUGAAUAUGAAGCAAAAAAACUUGGCCCUAAAAUUAUGACUUAUACCCAAGGAGUCGUUGAGGCUCAACUGGCAUUGAUAAAAAAUCUUGAGUUAUCUUUAAAACAUGCAGUUCAAUUGGGUGAUCCUGAUGUGAUUCAGGUUGUUUGUACAACCCAGUGGAACCUGUGCUUACCACUACUACAGCACAAUUUGCAUCAACGUGUACGAAAGCCAUUGAUAUCAGUUGCUGACGUCCUUGAAGAGAUUGACAGCAUGUUGAUUUUGUUGCGUUGCCAAGUUCAUAUGGAAGUAGCUCGUAUUGAAGAAGAUGGGGAUAGAAUAGAGGCUGCUGUGGAACAUUUGCAAAAAGCUAUACGUCUAAACAACAGUGGGCAGUAUCAAGAACAUCUAAGAUUGGCUUUUAACCGUCUUCAUGUGCGCAGUAUGCUGUAUAAGUCACCUGAGCGUCUAGAGGAUCGGGCAGUAAUGAUGAUUGAACAGGUUAAAAGGGGAAAGCAGAAAGAUAAUGUGAGGCAAAAGAGAUCCCUGCUGGUAAAUGCAGGUCUUGCACUAGCUCCUGAUUUAUUUCAGAUAGUGCUUGACAGUGAAAAUGAAGCUAAAGUUUCCUCAGGUGAAAGUAGGACUCAAAUAAGCUACCUCUGUGCUAAAGCACGGCAUCAUAUUAAAAGUGUGGAGAAAGUUGAUGAACAUUUGAAACACCUGAGAAAUGGAAAUGACAGAGAGAGAAUUAGACUUUGGGCAGAUUUGGCAAAAGUUGCACGUAAACAAGAAGUGUGGGAUGUCUGCCGUGCAGCAUGCAGAUUCUGUCUCUUGUACGAUGAUACUUUGUUUAGAAAGGCAGCAAAGCCUAAAAAUGUUGUAGCACAGAAGAAGAAAGCUGCUACAACUGUGAUGGAUGAUGGUCAAGGUGACACCUUACCAGGAGAAUCAUUACUAACUGCUAAAUCCUUCUCUUUUGAAAGAGAUUUACUCAGAAUAUUAGCAGAAAUAAGAUUCAUUAAUGCAGAGGCAACUGUUCAUUUAUUAAGAUUGCAAGGAAUUGAACUGAAUGAUCAUGCUGUACCUCCAGAAGAUACAAGUCAGAGUCAUUCAGGAUAUGUUUCAUAUCUUUCUGAAAGUGAUCCAGAAUGGAAAACAUACAGUUUAUGGGUAGACUGCUUAUCUCAGUAUGCUAUGGAAAACUUCCAACGUGCAGCCGAAAUAGGAGAAGAACUGAAUGAAGCUUGGAUUGUUCACAAUGCUGUGGUGUAUAUCUUAAACUACAAUAGACAUCUUAUCUCUUCAGGAAGACAGAGGGAAAUUAUUGAGUACCUGCAGACUCUUCUUGGAGCCAUCAAGACUGUUGGGCACAAUGGAAGUGCUGUGAUUUUAUUGAUGUUAUGUAAUGCUUUGGCUCGGGGCUUAAUUCUUUGUUGGAUUCCAAAUCCAAAACUUGCUGAGACAAUGAAAAAAGAUGCAAUGGACAAAAGCAGAAGAGCUUCAGUAAAGAAACAUGAAAAAGCAAAUGUUAUCCAGUCUUCUUUAGUAGAUCCCAGUGGACUUCCUGAUAUCAAAGCUGCCUUAGAGAUUUGUGAAUUUGCCCUAAAUGCGGUAACUGGAAUCAUAGCUAAUGAAACGGUACCUAUUGCUGCACAACAACAGAUCAUUGCUACGUGGGUGAAAGCCAAACAGUUAAAUCAGCAGCAGAUCGGACGUAAAUUUGGGACAGAGGAGGAGAAUAAUGAUGAAGCACAAAAUCCUAUGACAAGAAUUCUUGUUGGUCUAGAAAUGUAUUCAUGUAAUGGCUUGGGUCUCAUGGAUUUCGCUGUUCCUAGCUUACCUCAGUUGGUGAAAUUGGCUUUGGAAUGCAGUUGGUCAGAUUCUUUGGUGGAACUGCAGACACUGGCACGACUUACUUAUUUUGCAUAUGUAUCACAUGACUAUGAAACAGUGAUGACUUGUUCCAAAAGGAUCUUGCAAUCAGAUGAGAAUUUUUUCCAUGAUAGAGAUGCUAAGAAAUAUGAAAUGCCUGGUAACAGGGUGAGACAAGAGAUGUUGAGCACUACUGCCUGUAUACAAGGAAAGAGUAUAAUGGAAAAUCUGUCUGGAAGAAAACAUUUGCGUGUAGCAGCAUCAAAAGCCUUUGUUCAGAGUGCCAGGUACGCAGGUGAAGCCGGAAAUUAUUCCCUUGUAAUGUUUGCAGCUAGACACUUCUGGAAUGCAUGUUUACCUUUGCUAGGUUCUCCACAUUACAGAAAGCAGCUUAAACAACUUACUGAAAUAGUUCUGAAGAGUAUAAUUCAAGCAGAAUCUGAAAGUAAACAGGAGAAGAAGGAAAUGUUGCCAUUGCACCAGUGGAAUACAAAGGAUUUUCAAAAUAUUGGGUUAUCAGCUGGAUACUUUCUCCCAGGUGCUGAGGAAGACUUGACAUUAAGAACCUCCCUAUAUGGGUUAUUAUUCCACAUAUAUGCUGAUAAAGCUGAUUGGGAGACAGCACUAAAAGUCCUGGGUGAAGCUAUUCAAGUUUUGCCUCAGACAAGACACAGGCUCCUGCUUUUUAAACAUAUGGUUACAGUGAAGGCAGGAUUGGGCUGCAAUUUUAUGAUGGAUAUUCAGAAAUUCAGAGAUGAAAGUGAAGAUUAUUUGUCUCAUAUGUGGCGUCACUUGGCAACAGCCUCCAGAAGUACCGUUGGACAGUUAAGCUGUUUUCAAAAUGCAGUCAUUGUUUUACAGAAACAAGAAAAUGAAUGGCAAAAAGUUGAUUAUCUGAUGGAGUUUGCUGAAUGGUUGUACCAUAACCAGUUUCCCCAUGAUGAUGUUAUUAAACCACUGGACUGGGUUGUAGAUUUUUUGCUACAUAUGAAAUUUCCUACGCAAUCCUCACAAGAAGAAGAAGAUUUGAAGACAAACAUUGGAGCAAAUGAUACCAUGCCCCAAAUUAAUUUGGAAGAUCUGAGUAAUGUUAAACAAUUGGAAGCUUUGUUUAGAGCACAGACAUUAAUAGCUUUAAUUUCUGGUCAUGGUUCUCCUUUUCAUCAGCAGCACUGUUUGAUGGCAUAUGCUUGUAUCAUCCGUAUCUGGCAGGUAUCAUUGUCAGCAUCAGGACCCAUUACAAAAGCAUUAUCAAAGUCUUCACCACUUACAGCUCCUCAGAAGGUGCAGUCAGUAAUUGCUCCUAAAAAAGAGAAGGACAAAAAGAAACAUAUUGAAAUUUCUUUUGUGAAAGAGAAGCCUAAAGGGAAAGGGUCAGUUGAUACCUUACCAGCAAAUGUAGAAGAAUGGGCUCAUUAUGACUGUCCCAAUGAAAUCAGAGAUACUUUUAAACAGAAGACAAAUAGUUAUGGUAUUAACUGGGAUAAUUUCCCAAAACCUACUUGCACUUUGUAUUUUAUGGACCUUUUAUCUAAAGAACUACAGAAAAUAUUUUGCCCCCACUUCAUUCUUCCCAUCUUUCAGCUAGCUGAAAUUAUUGCUAAUGAAGUUGUGGAAUGUCGAAGUCUGUCUGAUCUCUAUCACCUUCGAAUUGCCCUGAUCUGUUCAGACCUGAAAUUGAAUCAGGCAUCUUUGUAUCAUGAGAAAGCAGCUGGAGAAACCUACAUUAGUGAAUUAGAACAAGCAAUGUGUAGGCAAGAGAUUGCACUGAAAAAAGAAAAAAAUGUACAUACUAUGACAGAAGAAAAAGAAACAUUUCUUGAAAACGCUCAGCAGAAUGGUAGAAGGAAUGACAAUAUCCUUACUUCAAGUGAAAAGGUUUUUCAGUUAAAUGAGGCAACAGGAAAAGGGCUGAGUGCGCUUUCUUUCCCUUAUUUAUGGAUAGAAAAAGCUGAAGUACUAAUCCAGCUAGGCUUGUAUCAACCAGCAAGACUUCUGCUUUCAGAGGCCCAUGCUGCAACACAGGAAUUGAGGGCCCUGUAUGAUGUGUCAAGGUGCUUGUACUUACUUGCUGUAUUGGCUAACCUGGAAAAAAACCACAGACAAGCUAAAGCACUCCUUGAGAAAGCACAGCUUCUAGGAGGAGAUGAACAGUUUUGGUACAACAGUACUCUUAGUCUAAUAGAAGCAAUUCUAGAGGAAGAUGGGGAAGGAAAACAGAGCAUGGCUUGUGAGAUACUGGGACACACUGUAAAUGUACUCAGAUCUACUUUACUGAAGAGACCUAACAGACAAUCAGAGUUGAGUUUUAUAAUUACAUCCCUUGAAGCCAGGAAAACACUUCUUGAGAUACAUUGUGCCCAAGAUUGUAUGACAAUUAAUGAUGAGUCUUGUCAGUUGCCACAUACGCUACGGGAAUCUUACAGGAAAUUAGUUCAAAUUGAGAAGGACUUUAGUCAUUAUGGGCAUAAAAUCUGCAGUGCUGAGAUACUGCUACAGUGUGCAAAUAUUCACAGGGUGAUUGCCAAGCAGAAAAGAAAUGAACUAAAAAUACAUAGUCACUAUCUAGAUGCUUACAACUUAGCUCAGAGGGCAGUAUCCAGAACUGAGGAAGUGUUUCAUGAUGUUUGGAGCUUAUUUGCAGUUCAUGAGACUACCAGUAUUAGUAUCCCAUUAAUGAGGCAACUAGCGAACAGGAAAAUAAAUCUUGUAGAGAUUCUUUUGGAUAUUUUUCAUCUUGUUAUUACUAAGAAAAGGCUUAAAAAAGUGGAAGAAGCAUCACCUCAUGAAAUAGUGGAGGCAUUCAUCAGGGGAACUAUUGAAGAUGAUCCAAUAGAACAGGACUGGAAGCGUAUGGAAGGCGCUGUGGGCCAUAUUGCACUGGCUCAGCUAGCAAAUGUGCAGAAUCUUUGUAAAGGCUGUCCUGACAUCAAAUCCAAGUGCCUGUAUCUCACUGGAAAAACUCUUCAUUUACUUGCCAUAAGCGUAGAUCCUGUACAUUCAGAGAUUUACUGGAAGCCAAAUGUUAUGGAAGAAGUUAAAUCAGACAUGGCAAAAACUUCCUUGACUUCAGCAGUGUGCAGUGAACAGGAAGUGACUGACAGCAGUUUACCAACUAAUCAAUGUCAAUAUGAGAAGUAUAAGAGGAAAAUACAGAAGUUAAAGAAGGAACAUGGGUUGGCUCAGAAAUACCUUUCUCAAUCCAGUGAAGCUUUGCUACAGUGUAUGGGUACUGCAUUCAAUCAUGAUAUUACUGAUGUACUGGCUACUGCUAGUUUUGAAAUGAUUGAAUGCUUUCAGCAGUUUGAUCCAGUUUCAUCUAGCCAGUUUUUGGCACUUCAUCAGAGUUGUUCGGUGUCUAUGACGAUGAAGAAUAUCCUUCUAACAGCUACAUGUAACACCAGCAGCUCUCAGCUGGCAGCAUUAUUGCAUCUUCAGAAUCAUUUAAAACAAACCAGAAACAUGAGUGAUCUUCUAAAACGUGUGGAACAGCAACUGACUGCUACUUCAGUGGCAUGGAGAAAUCUCUGUAUUCCUGUUGAACAUUUUAAUAUAAUGGAAAAAUUGCCAUCUAAUUUCUACAUAAUUAUUCUCCAGCAUUCAGAAGACAGAUCACAUUUGUACAGCUCAUUGAUUGAGGUGCCAAAAGUAAGUACUGCACAGCAAAGAGGAAAACCCACUCAGCCAAUGGUGCAAGCGAAAGUUUAUCGAUUUCCUGUGAAUCCUGAUGUAUUUUGUAUUUUGUUGGAGAAAGUGCGUCUUUACAAGCAGCGAAGGGUGAAGACUUCUGUUAAACAGACUUUCAUUCAAAACUUGCAAAGCUGUGUCUCCAAAACAGAUGUGACUCCAACAGAGAAAAUACGUGAUAAUGGACAUGGUUUGACAUCAGAUUUCUCUGAAAUAUUAGAAAUGAUGGAAGAAUAUCUGAAGCCAGUGCUGUCUCAUGUUGAUUUUUCUGAUGUCAGAGAACAGAGCACACCAGUUUCAGCAGCUGAAUCAAGAAAAAUGAAAGUGAAAGAUCAAGACACCAAACACUCCACAACACGGGGUACACCUGUGGACUUAAGAUUACGUGUGGUAUUACUAGGAGAUACGUUAUUUAUGGAAUUGCCUUUGGAAGCUCUGAGUAUCUUUAAAGAAGGAGGAGUAAGUUCUGUAUCCAGAGAUUUUUCUCUCCAGAUUCUGUACAAUCGAGUACAUCUGGCUAAGUCAGAGUCUGAAGUCAAAUCAGAUGUUGGAAUAUCCAAAGAAACAAAACCAAAAGCUCAUCAGAAAAAGAAUAUCAAAACGGCUCCAGUUACUCGUGAUUUACCCUCUAAUUGCUUGCCUGUUGAUACUAAUAAUUUUAAAUAUAUUGUGGACCCCUACAAUGAAGGAAGAGAAGCAGAAGCUUUAAGUCCUUCCCUAAAAAUAAAGGAAAUCCUAGAAAAAUACCGUGACCCAUUUACACGGCAGUGGGAAGGACUUAUUGGCAACAUACACGUUCCAAGCCAAGCUGAAUGGGAGCAGCUUCUGACAAACUGCAGUGCAUUUUUGUUCUAUGGAAUGGAGAGAUUCAUGUCUCACAUUUUACUCAAUAGACUGGUUGCUAUGAACAUCCCAAAAUGCCAUUUGAUGAUACUUCUAGAUCUGGUGCGAUCAAAGCAAAGUCAUCAAAGAAUUACAAACUCUGAUAUCCACAAAAGUUGUCUACAUAUUGCGAUAGAGAGACCAACAGAGUCAGCCAUGCUUCUGAGCCUUAGUGGUGUUCGUUCUAUAAUAGCCAAUCAGUGGUACACUACCUUGCAAGAGAAUGCAGAAAGGCUAGAGAUAUUGUCUGAGAAUUUGUUGAGCAUUGCUAGAACAACUGGACAGGCAGUCCAUAGUCUUCAAAAGAGGAAGAUUCACAGGGAAAGAGACUCCGUUGAAAUGGAAGUGGAUACUCACAGCUCUCCUAGAGACAAAGCAGAAGAACAGACCACUUCCUCAAGUCUUCCUGCAACUCAUCCAUCCUUUUUUAAUUGUGUGCUAUAUGGUUUACCCAAUAUAAUUAUUAUGUAAUUUGUGUCAGACUUUUCAUGCUGGGAAUGCCACCACACUUUACACAGGGAAAACUUGGCAUUUGAAGGUGUAGUAGAUGCUUUAUUUUAUAUGGCCUAAGGAGGGGUGAGCUUAAGAAAAUAUACGUUUUGCUGAUAGACUGAUUUCAAUUUCAGAUGUAAACAGUUUGAUAUUAGAAGAAGUGUCAGGAAAAUAUCAAAUACAUACAUUUUAGAGAUUUCAGUCAGUACUCUAAGGUUUUCUGAACUAAGUGAAUUCCUAAGAGAAUUUGGUGAGUACCAACACAUUUUAAAGGAAAUUAGGCAGGUAUUUUUGGGCAUUGAUGCAUGAGUGGAAUUUAGAAAAACUUUGAUGUAUUUUGUUCUUACACAGAAGAUUUAACAGGAGCAUAGCUUAAAAAUGUACCAACUAACAUAAUUUUGCUUGAAUUGAUUUUUUAACUUCUUAUAUAGCAGUAGUUGCAGGUUAAUUAGAAAACAAUGUAGUAUUAAAUAAAAUGUUUAAUAAGUUUUGCCUUCUUUAGUUCCCUAUAGUUUUCCUGAAUAACAUAUGAAGAUAUAUUAAAUUAUUCCAAAAUCCCAAAUAAGGUUACUAUGUGUAUAGAUUUUGUAACGUGCUCUGUUAAUCAGCAAUGAAUUUUUAAAAUACGUACUUUAAAGCUGUAUUUGUAAUGAUAACGGUAGAAAUAGAAGUAAAAUAAUUUAGCACUUACAGAAAAUACGAAGUUUUGAUCAUUAUUGCAACUAAAACCAUUUUAAGAGUCUCCUUUUUUUUCCCCCAAUAAAAUGGUGAUGUCUGUUUCCUGUGAUACACUUUUUUUGUGUGCCUGAUAGAUCAUUAAAAUGGCACUGAAAAGAUAGUGUUCUUGGCUACCUGCUAUGCUAUAGUUAAUUAAAACCUGAUAAGAGUUAUACGCCUAUUAGACCAUAAUUACAAAAACGUGACAUGCAAAAUACUUUCUUUUAUUCACACAGUCGAAUAAGAAUUUGUGCUUCCUUCCCGUGUGCUCUUACAAUAUAAUUAGAUAACCUUAUAUGAACUGCUCUGUCAAACUGUGUUCCAUAACAUGCAUUAUUUUUAUUCCCUUCAUAUGUAAUUUUCUUCUUUAUUUAGACAUAGGACAUAUGUAUUUUUUUAUAGCAUUUUUGUCUGGGCAUUCAGUAACAAUACAAAUUAAGUAAAGAAGGGAUCUUAGACUCUACUUAAGUUAUCCAGCCUGAAAAUUAAGGAUUCAGUGUAAGAUAUUUUCAAGUCUGGAACUUGCCAUGUUUCACCAGGUAUUGACAUGAGUCCCUUUCCCCACACUCUCACAUUUAUUUGUUUGUUUCUGUUUAGAUCUUCCCAGGUACCUUUUUAAUGCAUCACUAUUACACAGCUGCUUUUUUAAAUUCCCAGGCAUGGUAUUUGGGAUGCUCAAGUAUUUCUGAGUUUGAAGAAGCAAUUUCUCUUGAAUGAAGCAAAUGUCCACACUUGUUUGGUAUUGCAAAUGUCCACUAUAUUGUUAAUGUUUUAAUUAUUUCCUAGAUUAAUUUCCGCAUUAUUCUCCAACACAUUAAUUGCUAUGAAAUUGUAUUUCUUUGCUGUUCAUUGCAUUUGUUACCUGGAAUGUCAUCUUUCUAGUGCUGUCUCUUUUUCUGUAACGUAAAAGGCUUUAAAAACCAGUGUAUUCAAGAGGAAUCAUGAAGCCCUGUCUGCCUUGCUACAUAACAGUUUUCAUUAUUUGUACUAACUUCCAUCCUCUUGAAAUAAGAGAUUUCUAAAAUAAUAAAGUCAGAAAAGUUUUUGUGCUUUAGAAAUGACAGUGUUGUUCUAUGAGAACAAUCCAGGAUAAAAACUGCAAGAUUGUAAAGGUUAGAAAAACCACUGGUACCCAGGUACAAUGGGCUUAUUCAAUAGUUUACUACUGUGGUUUUCUUUCUGAAACUGAUGGAAAUAACUUAAUCUACCAAAGCAUUUUUCUCCAAAAAUAUUCCCAUUUGUAUUAGAUUCUUUAGCCCUAACUACAUUGCAACAACCUCUGUCAGAAAGAUGAAUGAGUAUGACCAAAAAUUUCUUUACAGUCUGAUGGCACUGGUUGGUCAGAAAGCAUUGAUAAAGAGUAAUGGCCUUAUCCAGGAAACUUCAGGCCUGUAAGCUUUACUUGUUGCAACUAAGAUAUUGGAAAUACUAAUCAGAGAAACUGUGGCAGAAUACCUGCAAAUAGGCAAUGUAUACUGGGUGGGUAUAGUAAAAGUGGAUGGCAUGCAUAAUCACAUAUGUCUGAUUGAUUGGCAUUUCUGAGUCAAUGAAAAAUAAUUGACUUAGGGCCAUGAAGUGUGGUCAUAACCAAAUAGCCUGGGGUAUUAGGAGAGUAUUCUCUGUAUUACUGUGCUAAACACCAGUCAGUAAAAUCAUUAAUAGUAGUAGGACUACAUGAGUAGAUGAUAAACUGUACUUUAGGUGACAGUGGAUAUGCAUUCUGUGACAUAAGAAGACAUCUAGUUCAUUCCUUCAGGAAUUAGUACCAGAAAUAGUAUCUUCUAUUACAUGUUUGUAGCAAUGGGCAGUGACAUGAUCAUACAAACGUAAAGAGUCACUUCAGGAAAAGAUAUAUAGUAGAAUUUGGAAUGAUUUCAAAAGAAGAGGAGCAUGGAAGAAUUAAUAUAUUUUAUAUUUCUUUUAAAUUUACAAUGACAAUUUAAUAGAGGAGAAGAACCCACUGCUCAUACAGAGAAAGGAUUCAGCAGCUCAGCUGGUGCAGUUUUAGAGUUCAGUAUGUUUAUCUGUUAAAGACAGUAAUUAUGAAUGAACUGAGCAAAGGAAGAUUGAAAAG